UGGCGAUCGAGCUCCGUCGAGGCUCAGUUGCUGUCCGCACCUCUCGUCUGUCGCACGGGGGAGGAGGGUCAAUCUGCCAAGCCUGCUGUGAUAGUUGGAGCACCUUCGGCUCCUAGAUCCAGCACCCGAGGAGGUUGUUGUAAUGAUGCUGCUGUUGCUGGUGGCGGCGACGGUGAGCGCGGCUUCGCUGGAGCCGGAGCUGCCCAAGGCCCACCGCAUCGAACCCGUGCCCGUCCAUAUCUACGGACCCCAGUUCCCCGGUAUCUACGGUCCGGCCAGUCAGCGGCGGGACACUCUGGAGCACAUCCUCUACGCCUACAGAUUCACUCCGUCCGAGGUCAACAUCCGCCACAAGGGCCAAAAUCCCAUCACGUACCAGGUACCCGGCGCCCAAAAGCUCCAGUCCAGUGUGCCGGCGUUCAGCAGGGGCCACAUCGAAGCCUUCCCGGGCCUGGAUGAAGUCACUCCCUUGCCCUACUUCCAGAAAAACGUGGCCUUCGAGGAGGGACCCGAGUUCCUCCGAGACGCCGUGGAGCAUGUACCCAUCGAGGCCGAGCCUUACAUGGCCGAGUUCGAGGCUGAGGAUGACGCAUUCUUCUCCCGAGGGGACGUCGAGUCCUACCCACGCUUCCAGUCUGUUUACUCCGGUGGCUUCGAGGACGAGGCAAUGGACGCCUAUGUGAUCGAGACCCCGAAAGACAUGUACGGCUGGGCAGGUUACAGAGCCGCCGUGGAGUCGCCGCCUCUGAGGAUCCCGACGCAUGACCCCGAGGAAGCCCGGCCCGUGCAGCCACAGCUCAACAGCCGCCCUUUCGGUCCUUGGUCCGAGACCCUCCUUGGAGAAGACAUUCCUGACGACGACGUGGUAGAAGUCGGUGGGUCUCCUUCCUUCCAGGACACGUUCAGCUCCCUGGCCGGCGCGGACCUGUUGAAGUACUACAAUGAUAUUAGGAGCAGGAAGUCAGACUACAAGCUGGUGUGUUAUUUUGGCGGUUGGUCCGUGUACAGGCCCGAGCCUUUCGACUUCACGGUGACGGACAUCGACCCCUUCUCCUGCACCCACGUCAUCUACUCCUUCGCAGGACUCAAGGCUAAUGAAUACACGAUCCAAGCCUUAGAUGAGGAAACGGACAUCGUGAAGGGGGCGUACAAGGCAGCUGUCGGCCUGAAGAACCAGAACCCGGCCCUGAAGGUGAUGAUCGCCAUCGGAGGCUGGAACGAAGGAGGCAAGAAGUACUCGGAGAUGGCCUCGAGCAAGCAGAGGAGAGAGAAGUUCGUGGCCUCCGUCGUGAGUUUCCUGAAGGAGCACAAGUUUGAUGGUCUCGAUUUGGAUUGGGAGUACCCUGGCGCCAGCGACCGCGGCGGCCGCUGGUCUGACAAGGCUAACUUCGCCGACCUUGUGGAGGAACUCGCAGCCGCUUUCCAACCUCACGGAUGGAUCCUGUCUGCCGCCGUGUCUCCCGCAAAGUUCCGCGUAAACGAGGGCUACGACGUGCCUCGCCUGGCCCAGCACCUCGACUUCAUCAACAUCAUGACCUACGACCUGCGAGGACCCUGGGACGGCAAGGCUGACCACCACGCCCCCAUCUCUUCCCGCCCUUCCGACAGCUGGGCGUACAAGGCCCUGAACACGAAGGACGGCAUCGCAUACUGGGCCGAGAAGGGCGCCCCGAAGGAGAAGCUCGUGAUGGGCAUUCCCUUCUACGGCCGCACCUUCACCCUCGCCUCGUCCAGCACUCAGCCCGGGUCACAGGCGAAGUCUGGUGGUAACGAGGGACAGUACACUCAAGAGAGAGGCUUCCUUGCUUAUUACGAAGUGUGCCAAGAAAUGCGUAAUGGCGGCUGGGACGUACAGCAGGACGCCGUUGGAGGACCGUACAUGAGCAAGGGAGACCAGUGGAUCGGCUGGGACGACGUCGAUUACGUCACCAAGAAGAUGGACCUGGUGAAGUCCGAGGGCCUGGGCGGCGCCAUGGUUUGGGCCAUCGACCUGGACGACUACCUGGGUGUGUGCGGAGACAGGUGGCCUCUCCUGACGGCCAUGCGUCGUGGUCUCGGUCUGAAGGCCCUGCCAAGCAUCCCGGGCGCCAUUCCCGUCAGCCCUUUGAUAGAAGAACCGACUCCCGCCACCCCCAACGUCACCCCGGCUGCUACAACUAAUGAGGAAACGAUGCCAGAACAAACCGCGACACAAACGCCCUCCGACAUCGAGGACAUGACAACGUUACCUCCGACCACCCUCACGCCCACAGAAGCGACGCCGGCACCUAAUUUCACCUGCCCAGGACCCGGCUUCUUCAGAUCCGCCGAGGACUGCGCCGUGUACUUCCUCUGCGACUCGUCCCUCAUGGCCUACAAGUUCGUGUGUCCCGCUGGCCUCGUCUUCGACACCCUUCGACGCUUGUGCAACUGGCCGCGUCACGUCAAGUGCGGGGCAGCCUCUUCACCUCUUACAAGGAAAGCCAUCAGCUGUAAGAAAGAUGGUUUGUACAGUGACGAGUACGACUGUCGCAUGUUUACGUGGUGUAAGAAUGGCGUGGCGUCGAGGUAUUACUGCCAGCACGGACUUUACUUCAAUCCCAAGACAGGAGUGUGCACAGAACCCGACCAGAAGUUCUGUCUGCCUGGACAAUCCGUCAUGAUUGAAGCUUCUGACGAGAAUGAGAUCACGCUCAAGAUGGCUCAGAGGGCAGGCGCAGAAAAGAGAGUCGUGUGUUACUUCACCAGCUGGGCCUACUACAGACCCUCUCCCCACAAUUUCGCCCCUGAAUACGUGGACCCAAAUCUCUGCACCCACAUCAUAUACGCGUACGCCAUGUUGGACGGCUCUGAACUCAUCAUGAGGUCGCUCGAUCCCUAUCUGGACUUCGAUUACAACUUCUACCAGCGCAUCCUCGGCCUGAAGCGAGAAGCGCCGAACUUGAAGGUGAUGCUGGCGCUGGGCGGGUGGGUGGACUCCGCCGGCGACAAGUACUCCCGCCUUGUGAACAACCCAAAGGCCAGAGCGAACUUCGUCGAACACACAACGCAGGUUCUGACAGCAUAUCGUUUCGACGGACUGGACUUCGGCUGGAUGUACCCGCGGUGCUGGCAGAUGGACUGCUCUAAGGGCCCCACCUCAGAUGUCUCGGGCUUUUCUAGUCUUAUAAAGGAACUGAAAAUGGCCUUCGAGCGAGUCUCCCCGCCGCUCCUGCUCUCCGCCGCCGUCUCGCCCGCCCGCAACACGAUCGACAGGUCCUACGACGUCCCGACGCUCUCUCGUUACCUGGAUUUCAUUAACGUCAUGACGUACGACUUCCACGGCGCUUGGGAGAAGGAGACUGGGCACGUCUCGCCCCUCAAGUUCAGGGACGGCGAUAGGUACGCUUCUCAAAACACGGACUACUCCAUGAAGCAUUGGGUCGAGCGGGGCGCCGACCCGACAAAGCUGGUGAUGGGCGUCCCCUUCUACGGCCAGACCUUCACCCUGGCCAACCCGCUGCAGAACGGCCUCCGCGCGCCGGUGUCCAGGAACGGGGACGAAGGACCGGUCACCCACCAGAGGGGCAUGAUGGCUUACUUUGAGAUUUGUAAGACUGUUCGCACCCCCGGCUGGACCAAGGUCGUGGACGCUAAGGGUGCCAUUGGGCCGUUCGCGCACAAAGGCGACCAGUGGUACAGCUACGAGGACCCCGACUCCGUCACCAGAAAAGCCAACUAUAUCAUCAGCAGCGGCUACGGCGGCGCCAUGGUGUGGGAUCUCAGCUUCGACGACUUCCUGAACGUCUGCUGCCGCGAGUCCAUGCCGCUCCUGCGUGCCAUCAACAGGGUCCUGCGAUCUGUGCCCUAUCCGCCGCCCAGACCCGGAGGAGGCGACUGCACGAGGCCGCCCGUGGACACUACCCCCCCGACGCCCACGCGCACGACUAGCUAUAGCCCAGACAUCGUCCAGGGCAAACCCACGGAGUCCACCUGGGGCCUGUUCAACCUCACCUCCGGCUCCACCACGAAAUCCACCCCGUCGUGGCAGACCCCCUGGACCCCCACAACCCCGAGGCCGCAACCACCUACCACCAGAAGCACCACCUCAACCACGCAGACGACCCCUCGCACCACUUCGCCCUGGUGGACCAGGCCGUCGUCAACCACGACCCCAAGGACGACGACCUGGUGGUGGAGGCCUCCAACCACGGAGACAACGACUCGAAUGCCGAUCACCAGAACCACGACUCCGACCACCACCACCACCACCACCACCACCACCACCACCACCACCACCACCACGACGAUGGCCCCCAGGCCACGACCCACGCCUCCCGCUCCAGGAGGUGGCAAGUACCCGGGCGAAGCUUGUAUAAGCGGGGAUUAUCAUCCUAAAGCGGGCGACUGCGGCUCCUUCCUAAGAUGUAGUAACGGGGUGCUAGAAGAAUCUCGCUGUGCCCCGGGGCUGCACUGGAACCAAGCAAAGAAGAUCUGCGACUGGCCACAGAAUGCCAAGUGUGGGAGAGAGCCAACUCUCCGUCCCGCUAUGGUCACGGAAUCCACGAUAUCCAGCAAGCUCACCACGCCCACCGUCGACGUGAACCUCCCCUGCGACGAAGGCUCAUACAUCCGCGACCCGAAGGACUGCAGCUCGUACAUGCUCUGCGUGCACGGCGAAUGGCAGAAGUUCAGUUGCCAGCCGCCCUUGCAAUGGGACCAGAACAAGCGGAUCUGCGACUGGCCGAGCAACGUGAAGUGCACCCCGAGCGACCCUGGCACCGUCUCGCAAGUGGACGUUGGCACCGUGACCACUCAGGCUCCCGUGGGUCCCGUCGUCACCCAGCCCACUCAGUCGUCGGUAGAGCUCGAGUCGGUCGGGCCUUCAGCUCCCCUGUCAGGAGACUACAUGGUCGUGUGUUACUUCACCAACUGGGCGUGGUACAGACCGGGCUUGGGCAAAUACAAGCCAGAAGACAUUGACCCAACGAUCUGUACCCACGUCGUCUACGGCUUUGCGGUUCUCGACUACAGCAACCUCAUCAUCAAACCCCACGAUACCUGGGCUGAUUUUGAUAACAAAUUCUACGAGAAGGUCACCGCUCUGAAGGCGAAGGGCAUCAAGGUCACCAUCGCUAUCGGUGGCUGGAACGACUCCGCCGGGGACAAGUACAGUCGUCUGGUGAACAACCCUGCCGCUCGAGCAAAGUUCAUCACCCACGUCGUCGAGUUCAUCAAGAAACACAACUUCGAUGGUCUGGAUCUCGACUGGGAGUACCCCGUCUGCUGGCAGGUGGACUGCAAGAAGGGGCCGCCCUCCGACAAGCAAGCCUUCGCCAUGUGGGUCAAGGAACUCAGCGUCGCCUUCAAGCCUCACGGCCUCCUGCUCUCGGCUGCCGUGUCGCCCAGCAAGAAGGUCAUUGACGCAGGCUACGACGUCCCCACUCUGAGUCAGUACAUGGACUGGAUCGCCGUCAUGACCUACGAUUUCCACGGUCACUGGGACAAGAAGACAGGUCACGUUGCUCCUAUGUACCACCAUCCUGAAGACGACUACGACUAUUUCAACAUGGACUACGCCAUUCGCUACUGGAUCGAGAAGGGCGCCGCCAAGAACAAGCUGGUCCUCGGAAUGCCUCUGUACGGCCAGUCCUUCUCCAUCAACGACCCCACGAACACCGGCCUCAACUCCCCGGCGAGGAGCGGAGGGCAAGCGGGACAGUUCACGAGGGCGCGAGGAUUCCUGGCUUAUUAUGAGAUUUGUCACUUCAUUCAACAAGGCUGGACUGUCGUGACGGAUCCUGAGGGAAGAAUGGGUCCUUAUGCCUACUCUGGAAACCAAUGGGUAUCCUUCGACGAUGUGGAAACUAUUAGGAGGAAGUCUGAAUACAUCCGCCAAAUGGGUCUUGCGGGCGGUAUGGUCUGGGCCCUCGACCUCGACGACUUCAGGAAUCGCUGCGGACAGGGCGCUCACCCGCUCAUGAACACCAUCAAGGCAGUGCUGGGUCCGCCCAAAGGAACAGGGCCUGUAUUACCUCCAAUGACAGAGACAGUGCCAGAGCCAGCACCAGAGCCAGUACCAGAGCCAGUGCGACAACCAGAUCCAGUAAUACCACCAAGCCCCACGACCCCGAAGAGCACAGCUCCGAUCGUCACUCAGCCUGGAACUUUGCAGCCAAGCGGCUCAGACUACAAGGUGGUCUGCUACUUCACCAACUGGGCCUGGUACCGCCCUGGAGAAGGAAAGUACACUCCGGACGACAUCGACGCCUCCCUUUGCACCCACAUCAUCUACGGCUUCGCGGUUCUCAACGGCAACAACCUCCAGAUCAAACCCCACGACACAUGGGCAGAUUUUGAUAACAAGUUCUACGAGCGCGUGACGGCUCUCAGGGCCAAGGGUGUCAAGGUCCUGGUGGCUAUCGGAGGCUGGAACGACUCUGCAGGCAACAAGUACAGUCGUCUUGUGAACAACCCAGCUGCUCGGGCUAAGUUCACUGAACACGUUAUUACGUUCAUUCAGCAGAAUAACUUCGAUGGUCUGGAUCUCGACUGGGAGUACCCCGUCUGCUGGCAGGUGAACUGCAACAAAGGCCCCGCUUCCGACAAGGACGCCUUCUCCGCCUGGGUGAGGGAGCUCAAGAUGGCCUUCGAACCUCUCGGGCUCCUGCUCUCUGCUGCCGUGUCUCCGAGCAACAAGGUCAUCGACGCCGGUUACGACGUUCCGGUUCUGAGCCAAUACCUCGACUGGAUCGCCGUCAUGACCUACGAUUACCACGGUCAGUGGGACAAGAAGACAGGUCACGUCGCCCCCAUGUAUGCUCACUCCACAGACGAGAAUCUUGCAUUUAACACAAACUUCACCAUUCACUACUGGAUCGAGAAGGGCGCCGACCGCAAGAAGCUGGUCCUGGGAAUGCCCAUGUACGGUCAGUCCUUCACCCUCGCCAGCAGCCAGGACAACGGCCUCCUUCAGAAGUCCUACGGAGGCGGCGAUGCAGGACAAUAUACUCGAGCCCGCGGCUUCUUGGCCUAUUAUGAGAUUUGCUACAAGAUCAGAGGCGGAGGCUGGACGGUCGUGCGAGACAGCGAGGGCACCAUGGGACCGUACGCUUACAAGGGCAACCAGUGGGUUGGAUUCGAUGACGUUCACACCAUCAGAUACAAGUCCGAAUACAUUAAGAAAAUGGGUCUGGGCGGCGGCAUGAUCUGGGCCCUCGACCUCGACGACUUCAGGAACCGCUGCGACUGUGAGACGCACCCUCUCCUCAGGACAAUCAACCGCGUACUGAGGAACAUCCCAGUGCCGGACCCGGGAUGCCCUCUGCUCGGAAGCGCCCAGCCCACCAUGGGCGUUGUCGCUCCAGGCACCACCACUGUCGUGCGCGAUCAGACCGUCACGAGCGUCGAGCCCUUGGUGACGCCCCGCAUCCCGACGCCCAACACGGUCGCCCCCAGUGCGCCUAGCGGGGGCGAGUGCCAGACCGGAGAACGCCGCGCCCAUCCGACCAACUGCAACAUGUACUACGAGUGUGUCUUCGGCAAGCUGGAGGAGAGGAGGUGCUUCGCCGGACUGCACUGGAACGGCAAGGACCGCUGCGACUGGCCGGAUAAUGCAGGAUGUACCAGUGGCUCUUCACCGACCAUCACUGAACCCUCCGUCCCCUCCGUCCCCUCCGUCGCCCCCUCCACCACGGCCAACCCCUGGUGGCCGAGACCGACCUCUUCCCCCAAGCCGACCCCCACCACCAUCAGCACCCACAUUGAGACGAUCAUCCCAGACACAGGAUACAAGGUGGUAUGUUACUUUACCAACUGGGCCUGGUAUCGUCAAACCGCCGGCAAGUACAGACCCGAAGACAUUGAUCCCAACCUCUGCACACAUAUUGUGUACGGUUUUGCUGUUCUGGACGGCACUCGGCUCCUUAUCAAACCCCACGACACUUGGGCUGAUUAUGAUAACAAGUUCUACGAAAAGGUAACCGCACUGAGGGCGAGAGGCAUCAAGGUCACAAUCGCUAUCGGUGGCUGGAACGACUCCGCCGGGGACAAGUACAGUCGCCUAGUGAACAAUCCCGAAGCUCGUAGGAGGUUCAACGAGCAUGUUAUUGAGUUCAUCAAGAGACACAACUUCGACGGUCUCGAUCUGGAUUGGGAAUAUCCCGUCUGCUGGCAGGUGAACUGCAAGAAGGGACCUGCCUCUGACAAAGCUGCAUUUGCCGAAUGGAUCAAGGAACUCCACUAUGCUUUCAAGCCUCACGGUCUGCUCCUCUCCGCCGCCGUUUCUCCGAGCAACAAGGUCAUCGACGCUGGCUACGACGUCCCCGCUCUGAACAGGUACCUGGACUGGAUCGCCGUCAUGACCUACGAUUAUCACGGUCACUGGGACAAGAAGACAGGUCACGUCGCCCCCAUGUAUCUUCACCCUGAAGACGAGAAUAUAUACUUCAACUCUAACUUCACCAUUCACUACUGGAUGGAGAAGGGCGCCGACCGCAAGAAGCUGAUCAUGGGCAUGCCACUGUACGGCCAGUCCUUCUCCCUGGCCUCGGCUUCUGACAACGGACUCAACCAGAAGGCGUACGGACGGGGCACCGCAGGAGAGUACACGAGGGCUGGCGGCUUCCUGGCUUACUAUGAGAUCUGCGACCGCGUCCUGAACCGUGGCUUCACCGUAGUCAAGGAUCCCGAAGGCAGAAUGGGUCCUUAUGCCUACAAUGGAAAUCAGUGGUUCGGAUACGAUGACAUCGCUAUGAUCAGAUACAAGUCUGAAUGGGUCAAGAAGAUGGGUCUGGGCGGCGGCAUGAUCUGGGCCCUCGACCUCGACGACUUCAGCAACCGCUGCGGCUGCGAACCACACCCUCUCCUCCGCACCAUCAACAGAGUCCUGAGGAGCCAUCCCGACCCAGAUCCUAGGUGCAACAUGUAAGGAGGAGGAAACAGGGAGGGAGGCGUGCCGAAGGAGGGACGCUGACAUCCGAUUUCGACGAAUCUGCUGUGUCUUAGGGAUUUUUGAGAUGCUGAGAGUAAUAGUCGCCUUAUAGGUUGUCAUAGUGUGGCGUCGAGCAAGAUGACCCCGAAUACAAUGUUUCCUUGAUUAUAAUAUCAUAUUAAAAAAAGGAAAAAAAAGAAGGAAAACAUCACAGAUAAAGAGAUUAGCAAUCGACGUGUCUGUAAAUAAAGAACCUUUUAAAAAAUGACCAUACAUAAGCAUUCACAAGUCCCUAAUCGGCGACACCUUUCCUUCUUGGGCCCACCCCUUCCUCCCCCCCUCCUCCCUCCCCGCAACCCCCGGUGCAUCACUAAGGGGCAUACAGGGAGUUCGGCGUGACGACCUCUGCUAUGCCUUGAGGUUUGUAGUUAGCUCAUCCAGGAGAGGCUAAUGAUUCUGCUACCUGAGCGACGAGAGGGAAUAACUCCUUCUCGCCCUCUUUUCUUCCCUCCAUCCGCUUCCUUUUGGCUCCUCUCUUCUCUCUUUCUCCUCCUUGUUGACAUGAUUGUCAGCCUCGGCAGUGCAAUAUAAAAGGAGAAUCAGAAUGAGCGCAACACUCUGCAAAAAAAAAAAAAAAAAAAAUGCUACGCGAUGUUUCAAAGUCGGGCUCUCACUGUCUGGUGCCUCCACCCCUCCCCCCCAGUGAUAAUUUAUUGGAAUAUGAGAUCGUGUUUUCUGCCACGAUUUUAUACUUCCUUAUUGUUAUUAUUGUUAUCAUUACUGAUAUCUUUGUGUAUUUACUUUCUACACAUCUACACUUUGCUGCCAGAGUGCCAAAUCUAUGCUGUGUCGCGCAAUGUUAUUAUUUUUAUCUCUUAUUAUUAUUAUUAUUAUUAUUAUUAUUAUUAUUAUUAUUAUUAUUAGCAUUUUAAUGAUUAAUUAUUAUUACUAUGAUUUAUUACUGUCCUCCUAUUAGGCCACGAGUCUGGCCUUGUGGCAUUAUAUAUUCUUAUUAUUUAUCAGUAAAAUAUAAUAAAAUCC